UACACGGGGGUGGUAGCUAGGGUAGCUAGCGUAGCUAGUUACCCCAGUAAGAGGAAUGCUCUUGGUGUUACAGCAGGUAUAUCGUAUAUGUAUUCGGUAAUGUGAGUCAAGAACAACAGUAAUAUUGUAAUAUAACCUGCAAGUCUAUAUUAUAUUGCUCACUCAACAAUGACUGAUGUUUGUGGGAGCCCGAAAACAUUUUGUGCGAAGGAAGUGUUUCUUGCUUCGGCGUUGUUUGAUGGAUUGGAAGACUGCAGUAUUAGCCAUUUGAAAGCAAUCCUGGAGAAAACAGAUGCUAAUCCAAAUGUGAUUCUCCCAAACCAAGGAAUUUCUCCCUUUCAUCUAGCAGUUGGAAAUGAAUCUGAAGAUUUUGCUCUGGAAGUUACAAGGUUGUUCCUGCAGUAUGGAGGAAAUCCUAAUGUGAGGUCUGUAGAGAGACAGACUCCUGUCCAUAUAGCAGCAGCUUGGGGUCGUGUACACAUUUUUUGUCUGUUGCUUUUAAAUGGGGGUGAUCCAUGGAUCCAUGACUGUGAUGGCAACAAUGCUUUUCAUUAUGCAUACAAGGAACACCACUGGGAUAUUGUAAAGAUUCUGCAGAGAUUCUGGCACACAGAUUCAUGCAAAAAGGGGGAUCCAAGUGAAGAAAAGUAUGCAUUGACAUUUGAGAAAGUAUUUGUGUAUGGCAGUAGUGUUGCUUACGAGUACAGAAUGGACCCACAGUCAGCAGCCUGUCCCCUUCAGACAGUAUCAGUUAAUACACAAACUUGCACAUCAUCUGGUGAUUUCUCAGAGCUUGCCAAGGAUGGCCAUAACCACCAGGAGUCAUGUGGACAGUGCAUAAGACAGACUUCUGUUAUCAAGGACAGUUGUUAUGAUGUCAGUACACAGGCAUGUCGGAAAUGUUCUUUGUCUGAUAUUGCAGUGAAUGGUUGUGCAGAAAACAGAUCUUGCAGAACAAUUGUCAAUCAGAAAUCUGUCACUGAGGAAGAACUUAACGCUGAUGACAUUGCUGUUCAAAAUCAGAUGCAUUUAGUAACUCAUGUAAGUAUUGGAGAUACUUUAAAAAAGAAGAGAGAUUGGGUUAAUUCUUAUAAUUCUUUUGACACUGAUUUUAAGGCAAAAUUUCCUAAGGAAUUAAAGUUUAAUAGUUCAUGCACAGCUGAACAGAUUUUAUGUAAUUCUGAAUACAGUACUUCUGCUGCAGAGUGUGUUCAGAAAUGUGUGUCAGGUCAUCCUCUAGAAAGAAUUGUGGAUGGUUCACUGAACAUUCGUAACAAAAAUAGGCAUUUGCCUUUGAAGUGUGAGGAAGAGUUCAAAGUAGAAAAUCAAGAUGGCUUCCGAGUUGUGGUAGAUACAGCCGAGGACGAUGUCCUUCCGGCCAAGACAAAUAUUAAGGUUGACUGUAAAUUUAAUAUUAGUAAAUGUACAACAGAUGUUACUCCUUUAGCAUCAGAACUCCCUGCAAUUGAAAGUGGUGUAGUGCGACUUGAUAACAACUGUAAAAUAUGCAGGUGUUGUGGCAGUGCCUAUUGUAAGGGAAGUAGAGCAUCUGCACCUGAGUCAGAUAGUGAGAUAAAGUGUGAUGUAACCACAGAAUCAAGAUGUGAAUUUGAUAGACUAAGUAUGUAUGGUGUAUUGUCACCUGAGUUAGUUAGUGAAGAGGAUUGGAUUGCUAGCCAGUCUUGUUUUCUUCUUUCUGAAAGCACUGACUAUGUCACCUGUGAUGAAACUUAUCCUGCUGUAAAAAUGACUGAUGUGGGGGUUAGCAGUGUCUUUCAGAAAGAGGGUCAGGAAGCAAUUUGUUUGGAAAGUAACACAUCUAAUCCCAGUGGUGAAACUCAUCCCAGUACAUCAUCAGUGCCAGCAUCCGACAGUGGCGAUUCUUUUGUCAGCCUGUCUGAGGAGUACAAGUAUUCGGAUGAAGAAUGGGGUGUGGUCCUGUUGGAAAGAAGGUUCCCUGUGCCAACAGUCAGUAUUUCAGAGCUUCAGUCUGAAGAAAGCAAACUCACUAAUCCACCCCAAUCUUCGUCCAAGCUCCAAGAUGUAAUAUGCAGUGCAGGGGAUUUCACUGAGAGUGAUGUAUCAGUUCCAUCAAGCCUGGAUUAUGAUACAGAUGUUUUGCGAGGGAAGCUGAAAGAGAAUGGCUACAUCCCAGGACCUAUUAUUGCUACAACUAAAAGACUGUACAUAAGGAAGCUGCUCAGAAUCCAGAGGAAACCAGUUCGACCACCUACAGAAGCCAAAGUUUAUAGCCCUGAACUACAACGUACAAUACAUCAUUUUAACUGGAAGAAAUGGUUUCUAGAUUGCCAAAAACUUGAAAAUGAAGCAAUGCAACAAUUUUUACAACCAGAACCAUUGUGGCACUGGCGAGGGGGCAUUCUGAAAUCAUCUUUCACAUACUUAUUGCUGGAUCCACGUGUAACUAACAAUCUUCCAUGUCGUGUGGGUUCCCUUAGUGAGCCCCACACCUGGUCCACCUUUCUAUCUUCUAUCUUCUACAUAGGAAAGGGUAAGCGCUCCAGACCUUAUUCUCAUCUUUACCAAGCAUUUGCUGUCUGGAAGAAGAAGACUGUGGUGAAAACAGACAAGAAAGUGCAGUUUAUUCUGGACAUUUGGAAGGCGGGAAUGGGUGUUGUGUGCCUCCAUGUGUUUCAGAAUGUGAUACCAGCAGAGGCAUACACACGUGAAGCAUCAAUGAUUGAUGCCAUUGAUAUACGGAACUUGGAGAAUGCGCGGCGUGGUGAUUAUUAUGGUGUGGCUGCCACAUGGACGUCACAUCACAAAAGAAUGCUUGGUACAUAUUUAUUGUAUCGUGCAAUGUGUAUCUUCAUUCUGGAAGGAGAAAGGCAGUUAAGACCAGGAGAUAUUGGUUAAUAUGUGUAAUUUGUAAACAGUUAUUUUUUGUGACAUUCAGAAGCAGUUAAUUCCUUCAUUUGUGAUGUUAUUAUAUUGUUUAUAGAGUGAGAUACUGUCUGGGAGCUGUUUCUCAUGUGUAAGAACAUCAUACCACUACUGCAUGAUCAGAAAAUGUUUUUAGUAAAAACAUUUUGAUACUGAAUCUGGUGUCAUUUCACACUGACAUAAUAGUUCAUUCUGUGAUAUAUUAAAAUUGAUAGUAUGUGGUUUUGUGGUUUCUAGAGUAAUGCAUGGGUUUUGACGUGUAGACUUCUUGUUUAGUUUUCACCGAGAGAAAUAAAUCACACACAUUCAGUGUGGGGAAUGAGAUGGUCAUAGUCAUCUAGUGCUUUCAAUUUAUACCCCUAGAGCUCGCAGAGAGUUUUCUUUGUGCUCUUGCAUUAUUCUGCUGGAAGUAUCGUAACUCUUAUUCUGUUCGGUAAGGACACUCACGGUGGUUUGACACAUACACAAAGAAUGCAAUGACAAAUAGAACUGAUGUGUUGUUCAAGGGGGAAGGUUCUAAUAUUGGUAGUGUUCUCUGUGCUUACACAAAGAGGCCUCACGAAAGGGGUUGAUCACUCCAACCCCCCUCCCCCGGUGUGCUGAAUGAAGAACAUCACUUAAUGAUGUAGUUAAGGUAACAACUUUAUUCUAACUAAAUCUUUUCACAGUAAGAUUCAUGUUUGCCAUCCAAUUCUAUACCAGCAAUCACUCUUCUCGUGAUCUUCAUGGUUUAAGGUAAUUUCAUUUUUCAGUUUAAGCCUAUGGUUAAAUUCGUGCCUGACAAGUUUUGGUAUCUCACAGUUACUUUCUGUUUUUGAAUGACACCAAACAGUGCUUAACUGAGGCUUGGUGCAGGUUGCUCAGCAGCUUGAGGCACUUGUCAGUUUUCUCCUGAACACACCAUUAGGUGUGAAUUGCUUCAGAGCUCAUGCCAAUUUCAUUCACUACAGAAAUGAACUCCACACUUCUUACCAUUGUGGCAGUUUGUUUGUGUUAAAGCAUGCCUUAUGCUGUCAUGUUCUCUGGAUCUGAAUAUGUGAAAUUAUCACCAGGGAAAUUGAAAACUGUACAGAAUAAAAUCCACGCAAUUUGAAGGCUUUACAGAUAAAACUCUGAAUAUUAGACUAAAAUCCACAAAUAUGAAUUUUAACUUGUGUCUUAGAAUUGCUUAUGGUGUGA